AUGCCGCCUAAAAGCCACCGACGAGCAGCCGCCGCCGCCGAACCCCCCGUGCCCCCGCCACCCCCGCCCGAGGAGGACGCGGAGCCGGACAGCGGCCCCGAGGACCUGCCUCUGGCCAGGCUUGAGUUUGAAGAAACCGAAGAUCCUGAUUUUACUGCAUUAUGUCAAAUACUAAAGAUACCAGAUCACGUGAGAGAAAGAGCUUGGUUAACGUGGGAUAAAAUUUCAUCUGUGGAUGGGAUAUUGGAAGAUUCUAUUCAGAAGAAAAAAGAACUGUGGGGAAUCUGUAUCUUUAUUGCAGCAGUUGAUCUAGAUGAGAUACCAUUCACUUUCACAGAACUACAGAAAAAUACAGAAACCAGUGUCUAUAAAUUCUUUGAUUUACUGAAAGAAAUUGAUACCAGUAUCAAAGUUGAUAAUGCAAUGUCAAGACUGUUGAACAAGUACAAUGUAUUGUGUGCACUCUACAGCAAACUAGAAAGAACGUGUGAGCUUAUCUACUUAACACAGUCCAGCAGUUCGAUAACAACUGAAAUAAACUCUGUAUUGGUGCUGAAAGUUUCUUGGAUCACAUUUCUACUAGCUAAAGGGGAAGUAUUACAAAUGGAAGAUGAUCUUGUGAUCUCCUUUCAGUUAAUGUUGUGUGUCCUUGACUAUUUUAUCAAACUCUCUCCUCCUGCAUUGCUCAAAGAACCAUAUAAAACAGCUGUUAUACCUAUUAAUGGCUCACCUCGGACACCAAGGAGAGGUCAGAAUAGGAGUGCACGGAUAGCAAAACAACUAGAAAAUGAUACAAGAAUUAUUGAAGUUCUCUGUAAAGAACAUGAAUGUAAUAUAGAUGAGGUGAAAAAUGUUUAUUUCAAGAAUUUUAUACCUUUCAUGAAUUCUCUUGGAAUUGUACCUUCUAAUGGACUUCCAGAGGUGGAAAGUCUCUCUAAACAAUAUGAAGAAAUUUACCUUAAAAAUAAAGAUUUGGAUGCAAGAUUAUUUUUGGAUCAUGAUAAAACACUUCAGGCUGAUCCCAUAGACAGUUUAGAAAUGCAGAGAACACCACGCAAAAAUAAUCCCGAAGAAGAUAUGCAUUUGAUUCCUCCACAGACUCCAGUUAGAACUGUUAUGAAUACUAUUCAACAAUUAAUGAUGAUCUUAAAUUCAGCAAGUGAUCAACCAUCAGAAAAUCUAAUUUCCUAUUUUAAUAACUGCACAGUUAAUCCAAAGGAAAAUAUCUUGAAAAGAGUAAAGGAUAUUGGAUACAUCUUUAAAGAAAAAUUUGCUAAAGCAGUAGGACAGGGAUGUAUGGAGAUUGGAUUGCAGCGAUACAAACUUGGAGUACGAUUGUAUUAUCGAGUAAUGGAAUCCAUGCUUAAAUCAGAAGAAGAACGAUUAUCCAUUCAAAAUUUUAGCAAACUCCUGAAUGACAGCAUCUUUCAUAUGUCUUUGUUGGCGUGUGCUCUUGAAGUCGUAAUGGCUACAUAUAGCAGAACUAUGUCUCAGAAUCUUGAUUCUGGAACAGAUUUGUCCUUUCCAUGGAUUCUGAAUGUACUUAAUUUAAAAGCUUUUGAUUUUUACAAAGUGAUUGAAAGUUUUAUAAAAGCAGAAGCCAAUUUGACCAGAGAAAUGAUAAAACAUUUAGAACGAUGUGAACAUCAAAUCAUGGAAUCCCUUGCAUGGCUCUCUGAUUCACCUUUAUUUGAUCUCCUUAAACAAGCAAAAGACCGGGAGGGACCAGCUGAUCACCUUGAAUCUGCUUGUAAUCUCACCCUUCCUUUUCAGAAUAACCACACUCCAGCAGAUAUGUAUCUUUCUCCUUCAAAAUCUCCAAAGAAAAAAGGGUCAACUACACAUCAAAAUUCUACUGCAAAUGCAGAGGCUCAAGCAACUUCAACUCCCCAGACUCAGAAGCCAUUGAAACUUACCUCCCUUUCACUGUUUUAUAAAAAAGUUUACCGUUUAGCAUAUCUUCGACUCAAUACCUUGUGUGCACGCCUUCUCUCCAACCACCCAGAACUAGAACACAUCAUCUGGACCCUUUUUCAGCACACCCUGCAAAAUGAGUAUGAACUCAUGAAAGACAGGCAUUUGGACCAGAUUAUGAUGUGUUCCAUGUAUGGUAUAUGCAAAGUGAAGAAUAUAGACCUUAAGUUCAAAAUUAUUGUAACAGCAUACAAAGAUCUUCCUCACGCUGUUCAGGAGACAUUCAAACGUGUUUUGAUUAGAGAAGAGGAAUAUGACUCCAUUAUAGUAUUCUAUAAUUCAGUCUUCAUGCAGAGACUGAAAACAAAUAUUUUACAGUAUGCUUCUACAAGGCCCCCUGCCUUGUCUCCAAUACCUCACAUUCCUCGGAGUCCUUACAAUUUUUCUAGUUCACCUUUGCGGAUUCCUGGGGGGAAUAUCUAUAUAUCACCCCUAAAGAACCCAUAUAAAAUUUCAGAAGGUCUGCCAACACCAACAAAAAUGACUCCAAGGACAAGAAUCUUAGUAUCAAUUGGUGAAUCAUUUGGGACUUCUGAGAAGUUCCAGAAAAUAAAUCAGAUGGUGUGCAACAGUGACCGAGUGCUCAAAAGGAGUGCAGAGGGAAGCAACCCUCCUAAGCCACUGAAAAAAUUGCGCUUUGAUAUCGAUGGAACUGAUGAAGCAGAUGGAAGUAAACAUCUCCCAGGCGAGUCCAAAUUCCAACAAAAACUGGCCGAAAUGAUUCUUUUUUUAUUUUCCAGCAUCUACACGAACACGAAUGCAAAAGCAGAAAAUGAAUGACAGCAUGGAUACUUCAAACAAGGAAGAAAAGUGAAGACUAUGUGAUGUUGGUGGGCACUGCAUACACCUCUGGCUGUAUGGUUUCUUGAAUUGACUGUAUUAACUCAGCUUGGUUGCUGUCAUAUUUAAUAUGUAUCUUGGGCUCACUUGUAGAUAUAAAAUUACAGAUGCACUAUGAGUAUUUGUGCAUCUGAUUCCUAAGCCAGUUGCCAUGUUGUGGUCAAUAGACUACAUUGUUAUUGUACAAGAUUGAAAGUCUUGUGUAAAUCCCACCAUUUAAAAGUUUGUAGCAGGUGUUUCCAUUUCCAAAGUGUAAUUGCUCUGUUUUUCAAAUGGUGAGGAUACUCCCAGACUGGGAAUCUUAAUCCCCACAUAACUGAGUACUUUGUCUUUUCUUGUAGCAUAUGCUUGAUGUUUGCUAUUUUCUUUAUUAAUUUAUAUUUAUUUUUUUAACUUAACAUGAACCAUAGAAAACGUGUUUUCCAAAUACAAAUUGGCUGGCUGACCCCCACCCCCACCCUACCCCAACAUUCACCAAAAAUGAUUCUAAGUCCUUCUGUUAAAACAGGUUAUUAGAAACUAGGAGAAAAUGUACUAAUUUUUUAUACAUUAGAUUUUAGUUUAUUGAUGGAAUCUGAUGUUCUGUAGGCUCGUUUUAUAAAUUCAGCUUUUAAAUACAAGCAGAAAGUAAAGUGUAAACAUACUACUGAUACAGAUUUCAUACCUCAGGACAUGUAAUAAUUUCUUUUCUUCAUCCAGCUCAUUUUAAAAUGAGAGUAGUCAAUAAUACUCUUGUUUUUUAUACCAUUCAGAUCACUGAAUUAAUAAAGCACGCAUUUAGUACUUGAAAGCUGAAGUGUUCUUGCUAGAGCUGUUGCAGAGGACCCUAAAAAUAGUACAACCCAAGUGCACUUUCUAAUGUUUCUGGGCCCUGAAGGAUCAAGAUACGAAACAAUUUUACUCUAUGGACUGUUAACUCUAGGAGCCUUAAUUUCUUUUUUCUUAGAGAUUUGUCUAACUCUAAUGCAUCUUAGCAGGUAUUCUGCCCUCCUAAAUUUGAAGAGUGUUUUUUCCAAAAUGGUACCUGCCUUCCAUUUUAUGACUUUUGAACUGGCAGUUGUCUAUUUAUCUUUAUUUUUUUUUUCAAGUUAGUAUGGUCUAACACUGUUAAAUUCAAAGCCACAUUAUUCCCAAUACAAGAAUUAAAGUAAUCAAAAGUUUGUUUUCUUUUUGGCUAGGCAUUCAUAUUUUCUAUUUGAUUUUUGCAGAAACUUCAAUAGCUACAUUAGAAAGAGGCGCUUUUCCCCCUGGAACCUAAAGUUUUAUUUAAGCUGUGUGACUAACUUAUUUAGAGAGGAUAUAAUUUAAAAUAGGUGGUAUUUAAGGUAGAAUUUUAGUAAAACUACAGUCUGAACUCUGACUUCUUAAAAAUAAAAAGAAUUCUGAUGUUAUUUGUUAGAAAACCAUUUUAAUUUGUGCUCAUUUAAGUUUCAAACUUAUUUUUGGUAGUUAUCUUAAUAACAAAGGUACUAGAAAUCUUUUUUCCAGUCUCAUUAAUUUUUGCAUGAAUAUCAUAUGAAUACGCUUUCAUCCAAGAAGUUACCACAUUUCUUGGUAUUUUGCUAAAAACUACACAUUAGAUUUAGUGUCAGAAUUUUAGGAGCUUCAGAUAUCAUGUAUGGAGAUUUCUUAAGGCCUCAAAUAAUUGCUUUACUGCUUUUUUAUAUUGGUUAAAAUUGUACAUUUAAAAUGUAUGUUACUAUUUUCUACAAUAGUUUGUCUAUUUUAAAUAAAUUAGUUGUUAAGAGUCUUCA